CUGGUGAGGAGAUCGGCAUCGUCAGCAGUAUCAUGGCUCCGCUUCAAAGAUUGAAGCCCGCUUUGUUCAUGGCCCUGGCAGCGACAACCACGCUUUCCGAGGCGUUCGGACCGCCUCUCCUCCGCCGCCAUCUCUCUGCCAGGAGGCGUCAUCUUUCAAAUGUGCAUGCUAAUGGAGGCCCGGAACAUGUCGAGGUGAGUGCACGCUGAUCUGCUUACCGGUGAUUUCUGACAGACAAACAGACUGUUUGCUUGCAGAAUCCGAUGGGGCUAACAAACACGGAGAGGCAGGUAUCGCUGAAUCAGCGUCAGACAGCCCUCUCUCUCUCAUCAAGAUCAAGACACAACAGCAUCCAGCCCACCGCUGCCACAUCUCUGCACUCGCUCCGAAGGCCCACAAGGCAUGAGCCGUUUCCCAUCUCGAUGAGCCUGACAGAAGUGCAUUCGCGGCGGCAAGCAUUGGCCAACAUUGCCGCCCUCUUUCUGCCGGCCCUGCUCAUGACGACAGCCGCCAUUGCAGCUGACGAGAGUCAGCCUGGUUCCCCGCCGUCAGGGAGCAGUUCGCCUGAUGUGACCACUGGCCCGUCGUCGGUUGAGAGUGAGGAGGAGCGUCUGAAGAGGAAGAAGCAGCUGCAGGAGGAGGCGCGAGGGGGCGGCAAGAAGAAAUCCACCUCAUACUUCGAGGACCUGGCGGUCAGUCAGUGGGUCAAGUGAGGGAGGAGCCACCAGAGAGGUCGUGCCACCGAGAUCGGUGUCUUGUUUGUCUUUGUGUGUUGUGUGCAGAAGGAGCGCGAGCGUCAGGCGGGUCGGCGCAAAGGUCGGCUGGAGACGGUGGAGGACAUGUGUGAGGUCAUCGGCAGGGGGUGCGGCGGCGUCUGACCAAAAGGGCACAGCCAUACACACACGGAAGGGGGAUGAACGGGGACACAUUGGCGUGUGCGGAGCGACACGCUCAAGAGAUAUUUGUGCAUCUGGGUUCAGUUGUGCGUGCAUACAUUGCAUGGGACGACUCAAUGACUGAAUGCACAUCGCCUGAUGGGCGAGCGAGAGGUGGUGUGGGCGCUUUCGCCUUGUGCUGGACCACGUACCGGUGUUUGCGCACACCAAGCACACCCGAGCAUACACCUGCAC